UGAUUGGUCAACAGCGUCAAGCCAGCCUCGAAGCCGUUGAAAAUUCCCAUGUUACCUUAUCCAUUCAGCAAACCUCUCACGUUUCUUGGUCCACAUUGGUGACACCAGCACAACUUAUGAAUCCAAGUUGAACUUCCCCGACGCCUUUGAUUGUCACAUAAGAAAACUAGCCACCAUGAGCCAUUGGCUGCAUCGGGAUGAGGGGUAUAAUGACGCGUACCGCAGUGCAAGAGCGCUUAACUCCAGCACCAAUAACGCGUACGACCUGCCGCCACCCGAGAACACAGGCUCAACAGGGGCGAAUCCCGGUGACCUUGAGUCCAGCCAGUACAAUGUGAGCACUAAUCCCGCUAGCAACAGGGCGCCGCAAGCAGGCAGCGUGGGAUUCUCCACUGGAUACGGCGUCGCAUCUGAGCCGGCGCCACAAGUCCAUAAUGCUUACGGAUUUCAUCUUGGUGUGGACGACGGUCCGGCGUCUUCUGUCGCCAAUCGCAUAUCAAGCGGUGAGACUGUCGAGGCCCCUGAUGCUGUCAUCGAGGAAGAUGGGCGAUCAUUCCAUGGAUAUCGACAAGGGAGGUAUUUCCUACCCAACGAUGGUGUGAGUGCCAAUGAGUGUGGGUGCAGACCGUGGAGUAAAGACUAUGGGUAAUGUAGUACGACCGCUGACAGGAAAGAUGUCAUAGGCUGAACAGGAGCGUCUGGAUCUUCAACAUGAAAUAUUCAACAUCCUCUUCGACCGAAAACUGGCCCUCGCCCCA